AUGCAACGUUCGAAAGAAGGGGUGAAGCGAUCCGCCGAAACUCAAACCGGCACCACACCGGUCAAAAAACAACUUUCAAGGCUGAUGGAUCCGUUGCAAGUGAUAUUGACGACCGAGGAGCAACAAACCCAAACUCCCACCCGAAGAGAUUUCGAUGAAGGUGCUUUUUCCGAUGUUGCUCUCGCACUACGAUCGGAGCGACCGGUUUGGGCAGCUAGUAGCACGCAAACGAGUCCGAGGAUCCCAGAUACAUGCAACUCAUUGAUUAAAGAUGGUUUGUUACCAUCGGAUGGAGUGAGGUUGGCCGAAUCAGGCAAUUCUAGCCACACCAAUUCGAUCUCAACUUCCACCGUGAAGGAAGGGGCACUUCAACGUCCACCCAAAUUGGCCGACAUCGAGCAAUUUUCCACAGAGACUCAAACGGAUUUCGUGUCUCAAGGUGUGGGCGAAUCGACGGAUUGGGAUCUGUCCUUUGAGCAAUUCGACGCGGGCACCCAAUUCGAUCUAGACGAUAUCUUAUGCUCAAAUUACACUCAAACAGUGAUGGGCACGGAAUUGGAUCUGGCUGAAAGCCACACGUCCUGUCACGUGGCUGAUAUGAUCAAUGCCGUUCAUUCGAUUGAGACCCAGACGAUAUCCGACCAAAUAAGCAAAGCCCAGUCCUCGAUGGAGACUCAAACCGUCUUGGAGGAGUUCAUUUGAAUGCCCACUUGAAGAAGUGAUGUAAUACUGAAUGAUGAAUGAGUUGAGGAAACAAUAGUAUUA